AGAUGGGUUGGGUCCAUGUGGUCAACACCUGGGAUGGGCUUGACACUGCCUGGCAGGUGUGCUCCCUGCCCCCCAGGUGAACUUGGAAAGGACCUCAGAAACUCGAGACUUGGCUGGCACAUAGUCACUGGGCCACGUUGACUUGGGACCCACUCCCUUUCUGUGGGAAGAGCUGGGUGGGACUGCCCUGGCUGUCAAGCCAGAGGCUUUUUUAGAGUUUGAAGGGACUCAUUGUUAUCUGAUUCCCAGAGCUCUUGUAGAUUGAGAGGUCACUUAAGCCAACUCUAGGAACCCACUGGGCAUGUGUGUUAGAAUAGAGAAUUGAUUGCUCUCCUCCCAGCUUUGUCUUUCUCUCUGCCCCUACCCUUUAAGGUUUUCAUGGGCUGUGAGUUGUCAUCUUUAUAGUCUACAUAGACUCCUUUAGGGCUGAAGGACAUCUAGUACCAAGAAAGUAUUGCUCUAAAAUUCUGUUCCCCAGGGGAUGUGGUGAGCACAGACCUGGCUAGGAAUACCAUAGGGGCUGAGCCAUUCAUUGGGCACCAGGGUGGCCCGGAAGGACAGGACUUACUGGCUUUGCCCCUUUGGGUGGCAGGGUGGGCAGGACUUUUCUGUUUCAAGGGCUACAGUUUCCACAUGCAUAGGAAUGUCAGCCUGCUAACAAGGGAGGAACAAAAUCUUGAGGCUUCUGGUUGCGGGCUGUGGACUGAUAGGAGAGGGAGCCAGUACUUCUGUGGGAGGGAGCAGUGAACUUCCUGUGGGAGGCCUGGGAGGGGAGGGACUUCCUGUUUCCAAGGAAAGAAGGGGUGGGGCUUCUUGAGUGGUGAGUGGGUGCUGGAGGGCCCCAUUCCAGGUGUGUGUGUGUGGGGGGGGUGUCACUCCUGUCUCCUCCUAAGUGGUGCCACCCUUAGAAUCAGGACUGAGGCCCAUGAAUGAAAGGAAAGGGACAGGCACUGGGGACAGUGGGUACCUAUGGAGGAAGGAGAAGGGGGAAGCCAGGGGCCCAUGGGAUGAAGAGCAAGGGUCUGGUGCCAGACAGGACAGGGCAGGGCAGGGCAGGGUGGCUUUUGAGCUCCCUCCCAGCUGGCUCCCAGGAAUGUGUGAGGUGUGAGGUCGGCCAGGGCCAGGGCCUGGAGAGUCACCUGCCCCCCCCCCCCCAUGGCUGCUAUUCUCAGCGCUCCCCACCCACACCCCCUUCCAUCUGGGAGGUUCCCUGGCCCAAGAAUGUCCUGCCCCUCCUCCACCCUGAGUUCACAGCCCAGCUUUCUCUUAAGAGUUCUGCCUCCUGAGGCCUCUGCUCUGUUCUUUAGGCUUGUCCCCUCCUUUCUUCCCUUCCCUCCCUCCCUCCCUCCCUCCCUCCCUCCCUCCCUCCCUCCCUCUCUCCCUCCCUCCCUCCCUUUGCUUCACCCCCUCUGCACACCCUAGUCUGACCGGUCCGGCUCCCAGCCUCCACUUGAGGCUGCCCUGUUCUAAAGCUUUGGGGCUCAGGCCCCACCCUGCUAGGCUUGUGGGUUUGGGUUGGGCCACCCCCUGACCCCAGGGAUGGAGUAUGGAGCCCCCAUAUCACCUGUCUUCUGUGGCUGGAGCUGGAUGGAGACCAGGGUUCAAAUGGCAUGGGACCCCCCUCCCCCAUAUAAGAGGGAAGGUUUUCUCCUGGAGACACAAACCUGAGUCAAUGCUAUUGGAACGAUCUAGCUCCAAGAAACUGGUGCCGAAGAAGAUAGAGAAGACUCCCAUGGAGCUUUCAACAUCAAAAUUUGUCGAGACCCCCAGUCGGAAUGCGUGUGCCAAGGUGCUUGAACCCUGUGCAUUGGCCACUACCACAGAACAGCCACGGAGAGGCCAUGGGAACCGCUCCUUCAUGCAGCUGUCCCGCACAGCUGUCCGGUCCAUCUCCUCGCUCAUGUUGUCUACCCUGCAGUCUGGUUGGCAAAUGUGUAGGUGGAAGUCUGUAAGUUCUUCCUCAAUUACCUCUCAAAUGAGGGUCCGGUCCCCCUUGGAUACACCAGAGGCUGAAAUGCUGCGAGAGGUAUACCUUGUGCUGUGGGCCAUUCGGAAACAACUACGACGGCUGUCCCGCAGACAGGAGCGGCGCAGGCGACAUCAUAUCCGGACCCACACAUCUCCCCCCACUGACCCGGUGCCAGGCCUGAAGCAAGAUGCCCAAAGUCCCCUCUAGGUGGGGGGAGCCCCAGAACCUCAGAAAUCCCCACCUCACUCUUACGUAAGGUGGAUAAAGAGGGGUCAGGACAACAGGCCAGAAGUUGUGGGUAAGGAGACAUUUUUCAUGCAGUUAACUCCCAUUGGGAGCCCCAAGGCCAGGCCUGGGAGUCCCACCUAUUCCCCUUCUCUGUUUAUUCAAGUUGUAAAAAAGAUUAUCAAAGUAUUGAUUAAUAAAUAUCAGAUAUUUCUGAGUAGAUGAGUGAGCUUGUGAAUGGAAGAGCUUUGGGUGGGCCAGGAUGGGGCACUCCAGUUUGGAAAUCCUGUUAUAUGUAGGAGUGAUGCUGAGUUUUUUCCCUGAUGGUCCUGGGGCUUGAACUUAG